CGUUUGUUCAUUGUCUGCUGAUAGAGUCUUAUCAUGCAUUCUGUGGUCCAGCGGCCAACCUUUGACCAAGAGAGAGGGCUUCUUUCAGCGUAAAAUGAUAUGUCUAGUUAUCAACCAGUGAAGCUUAAAGAAAACCGCCUUUUUUCUUUCUUUGUGACUAAGUUAUUGGGAAGAGCCUGUUUUAAAGUGUUGCAACUAUGGGCCGAGCCUGGGCCCUGUUGAAGGCUCACCCGUACGUCAGCAACAUGGUGGGAUACACAGCACUGUUUGCCUCUGCUGAUAUCCUCCAGCAGAGCGUGCUGGGGGGCGCUGGGCCUAGCACCGCAGCCUCUGAAUCAGGGGAUUCACCACAGGCAGACAGAAGUACAGCUGGUAUUGACUGGUCCCAGACAGCCAAAGUGGCACUUGUCGGGUUCUGUUUCCAUGCCAACUUUAAUUACCAUUGGCUGAGGGGUCUUGAAAGACUGCUGCCAGGGGGCGGGCUCCGAAAGAUAACACUGAAAGUGGGGUUGGAUCAGCUUGUUGCAGCCCCUGCAACCAUCAGUGCCUUUUUCAUAGGCCUCAGCCUACUAGAAAGAAAAGAGGACCCCCUAGAAGACUGGAGGGGCAAAUUCUGGACUUCAUACAAGACUGGAGUGGUUUACUGGUCUACAAUGCAGGCAUUGAACUUUGCCCUGGUCCCUCCGGUGGCACGGACAGUGUUUGUUGGAGGCAUCUCCUUAGUGUGGACUGUUUACUUGUGUCACCUCAGACAGCAGCAGACAAGUACAUCUCACUGAAUUGUAUUAUACUUGGACAAAGAGCUUGUGAUUUCAAUAAAAUAAAACCAUGACAAUUUUAAAUAAAGUAAUAA